GACCGAGCCUCCCGUUCACCAGGCGUAGAGGCGGAUACACACACACACACACAUACACACCUCGCAUCGUUUGUAACGCUGCCAGCCAGUUAGACGGCGCCGCUAGCCUCUCAGCAGUCCUCCCUGUCCGACUUUUUUCCAAUGAUAAACCAUCUAAACGACACAAGGCUGAAUUCAGACACACACCGCUGCCUCUCUCCCUCCGUGACCGAGGAGGGCACCCACCACCCAGGCCGUCAUCAUCACCAUCAGCAGCAGCAGCAGCUGGCUUCACGGCGAGCGUUAGCGGCUAACCGGCUAAUACGAGCAGGUCUAACGAAGUCUUUUACUUUUGAACCGUCAAAAAUGAUAAGCCAGGCGCUGCGUUUCAACUUCACGCUUCGACUUUCCCAGCUGUGAUGGAAAGGCACCGCUGACUGAAGAACAUAUAUCCUGGAUGCCGUGACAUACGGGACGUGGUCAAUCCAAGAUGGAGAAAAAGAAAAUGUGCCCCCGCCUUCUUGACUACUUGGUAGUAGUUGGAGCAAGGCAACCAAGUAGUGACAGUGUGGCCCAGACACCUCAGCUCCUCCGCCGCUACCCGCUGGAGGAUCACCACGACUUCCCGCUCCCACCAGACGUGGUGUUUUUCUGCCAACCAGAGGGCUGCCUGAGUAUACGCCAGCGCAGGGUGAGCCUCCGUGACGACUCCUCAUUCGUUUUCACGCUGACCGACAAGGACUCAGGAAUCACCCGCUACGGAAUCUGCGUCAACUUCUACCGCUCUUUCCAGCGAGGUCAUCACCGCACUCGUGGGGACAAGAACAGUCACACAGAGUCGGCGGGACAGGCGGCGGACACCGCGAGCGAAGGGUCCGACGGCAGCGGCGGAGGCCCGGCCUCCACGUUACCUCCACCCAGCAAUGCCGAGUCAGCACCUCCGCCUGCCUCGGGAGAAGAGAGCGGAAAGCCGGGCGCCGAGCUGAAUGCCGGCAAAUCCCCUCAGCACAGACGGAGCGCUGCCAAGAUGGCGGCCAGGAACCGCAACAGCACGCUGACCUCGCUGUGCAUACUCAGCCACUACCCGUUUUUCUCCACCUUCAGGGAAUGCUUGUAUAUUCUCAAGAGGCUGGUGGACUGUUGCAGUCAGAGGCUAACGCAGCGGGCCGGGCUCCCUCGCGCCACCCAGAGGGACACCAUGUGGCGCGUGUUCACCGGUGCGCUGUCGGUGGAGGAGAAAGGCAGCCAGCUGCUGGCCGACCUGCGUGAGAUUGAAUCCUGGGUGUACCGGCUGCUGCGCUCACCGGUACCACUGGCCGGUCAGAGACGCGUGGAUGUGGAAGUGUUGCCCCACGAACUCAAACGGUCACUCACCUUCGCCCUGCCUGACAACUCCCGCUUCUCCAUGGUCGACUUCCCCCUGCACCUGCCCUUGGAGCUGCUGGGUGUGGACGCCUGUCUGCAGGUCCUCAGCUGCGUCCUGCUGGAGCACAAGGUCAUUCUUCAGUCCAGAGAUUACAACGCCUUGUCUAUGAGCGUCAUGGCCUUCGUGGCCAUGAUCUACCCUCUGGAGUACAUGUUCCCCGUCAUCCCUUUACUGCCAACAUGCAUGGCCUCGGCUGAGCAGCUCCUCCUCGCCCCCACUCCCUACAUCAUAGGUGUACCAGCCAGUUUCUUUCUCUACAAAUCUGAUUUCAAAAUGCCAGACGACUUGUGGCUUGUGGACCUUGACAGCAGCAAGGUUAUAGCACCCACCAAUGCAGAGCUGCUACCACCUCUUCCAGAGCCUGAAGCAGGCGAGCUUAAGAAACACCUGAAACAGCUGUUGGAGUGUCUGGUUAGGUUGACCGUGAUCACCCAAAAGCAGAUCUUCUCCUCUGAAAAUAAGGCGUUGGCCAGCAUGAGUUUGAACACCCAACCCAUUCUGAACCUGGAGAAGUUCCAGGAAGGUCAGGAGAUGCCUCUGCUCCCGCCCGGACGAGACAAAGCUUCGCCGUCCUCCACGGAGUUCAACCCCCUCAUUUACGGCAACGACGUAGAUUCGGUGGAUGUGGCCACCAGGGUUGCCAUGGUGCGGUUCUUCAACUCGCCGAAUGUUCUUCAGGGGUUCCAGAUGCACACUCGCACCUUGCGCCUCUUCCCCCGGCCAGUGGUGGCUUUUCAGUCGACGUCCUUUCUGGCAUCUCGGCCGCGGCGCUCCGGCUUUGCAGAUAAACUUUCUCACACCCAGGCGGUGGAGUUCUACGGGGAGUGGGCUCUCAACCCCACCAACCUCGCCUUUCAGAGGAUACAUAACAAUGUGUUUGACCCCUCCUUAAUCGGAGACAAGCCCAAGUGGUACGCACACCAGCUCCAGCCAGUGGUUUACCGAGUGUAUGAUGGAAGCUCCCAGCUGGUUGAAGCUAUGGCCGGUCCCUUGGAGGAUGAGGGCAACGAAUCUGACCCCACAGACAGUGGCAGUGACAGCGAGGCGUACGACGACUCCAGCUCUUCCUACUCCUCACUCGGCGACCUCGUUAGCGAGAUGAUCCAAGGUGACAUCCAGGGAGACACGCCGAGCUUGGACCCUCCGACCCACGCUGCGCUGGGAGACGCUAGCGAGGUUGAGUUUCAAGACUUCCACGACUUCAGGGAAGGUCAUGGCUCCGAGGGUCCGCCCAGUGGGGAAGGACCCGCCGAGCCCUCCGAUGGACAACCCCUUCGCUCGAGCUCCAGCACGACCGCGAGCUCAAGUCCCAGUACAAUCAUCCAGGGAGUCAACAAUGAGCCUGGGGAAGCACCUGAAAUUGAAGCAUCAGCAAGUGCUGCUUUACAGAACCCUGUCCCCGGACUGGGCAGUCAGCCAUUCCUCAGGCCCACAGCUGAUGCCGGCCUGGUGGACCCAGCCAACAAAAAACAGGAGUAUGACAACCCAUACUUUGAGCCUCAGUAUGGCUUCCCCUCAGAGGAUGACCCUGAUGCAGAGGAGCAAGUGGAGUCAUACACCCCUCGAUUCAACCAGAACCUCAAUGGCAACAAGGUACAGCGUCCGUUACGUCCCAGUAGCCUGAGGCUCCCGGGAGAGUCUGACGGGGAGGGAGACUCCCGCAACAGCUCGCCAAACUCCACCAUCUCCAACAGCAGCAAUGAUGGAUUCGGAGGACUCAUGUCCUUCGCCAGCAACCUUUACAAGAACCACGGCACCAGUUUCAGCCUGUCCAACCUCGCCCUCCCCAACAAGGCGGCGAGGGAGAAGUCCACACCUUUCCCCAGCCUGAAAGUAUUUGGGCUAAAUUCUCUAAUGGAGAUUAUUACUGAGGCCGGCCCGGGGAGCGGAGAAGGCGCACGUGCACCGCGAGCGCUUGUGGACCAGAAGUCGUCGGUGAUCAAGCACAGUCCGACGGUGAAGAGAGAAUCUCCCUCUCCUCAGGGUCGAGUCAACAACACAAGUGAGAAUCAGCAGUUCUUGAAGGAGGUGGUGCAGAGUGUUCUGGACGGUCAGGGAGUCGGCUGGCUCAACAUGAAAAAGGUUCGCCGCCUGCUGGAGAACGAGCAGCUUCGUGUCUUUGUGCUGAGUAAGCUGAACAGAGCCAUCCAGUCGGAGGAGGACGCCCGACAGGAGAUCAUACGUGACGUGGAGGUGAGCAGGAAGGUGUACAAAGGCAUGCUGGACAUCUUGAAGUGCACGGUUUCCAGUCUGGAGCACUCGUACACCAACGCAGGCCUCGGAGGGAUGGCCAGUGUCUUCAGCUUGUUGGAAAUAGCGCGCACGCACUAUCAAACCAAAGACCCAGAAAAACGCAAGCGAAGCCCCACAGACAGUGCUGGCAGCCCAGGGAGUAAAGAGAGUCCUUCUGGUCGUAUGGAGACCGCCAGACCUCAGGGCCUCCUGAAUAUUCCCCACCUGCAGCUGCCGCACCACACAACGGGCAAAGGAGCCCGCCAUUUUGAUACCCGGAGUCUGAACGAGGAGAACUUUAUUGCCUCGAUUGAAUUGUGGAGCAAGCACCAGGAUAAGCAAAAAGCUAUGGAAAAACCACAGAGGUCUGAGGGAGCGAAGCAGCAGCGCCCCCAGGUGACCGACGCAGAGGAGAAGAAGUCACAGAUCAGUGCUGACAGUGGCCUCAGCGUCACAUCUGGAUCUCAGAAGAGCGACACGGAGUCCGUCACGAGCUCGGAGCCACCGAUCCUGACGAGAAGCACCAGCCAGGACUCGGAGGCCAGCACAGUGAUCAGCAACAGCUCUGGAGAAACUCUGGGAGCCGACAGCGACCUGAGCAGCACCGCGGGAGACGGCCUCGGCGGGAGAACCGCUCCUCAUCUCAAUCAGUCCAGGGGAACUCUGUCUGACAGCGAGAUUGAAACCAACCCAGCCACCAGCUCAGUGUUUGGAAAGACCCACACUCUGAAACCAGGUGUGAAAGAUCACGUACCUGCCAUGGCCAAGGGGCCGCCAGCGCAGCCCAUGGAGGACAUCAGUAUGAGGAUUUACCUUUGCGAAGGCCUGCUGGGUAAGGAGCGCUCCACUCUGUGGGACCAGGUGCAGUUCUGGGAGGACGCCUACUUAGAUGCCGUGAUGUUGGAGCGCGAGGGCAUGGGGAUGGACCAGGGACCCCAGGAGAUGAUCGAAAGAUACCUGUCGCUGGGAGAUCACGACCGGAAGCGUCUGGAGGACGAUGAGGACCGACUCCUGGCCACCCUGCUGCACAAUAUGAUUGCAUACAUGCUAAUGAUGAAAGUGAACAAAAAUGACAUCAGGAAGAAAGUGCGGCGCUUGAUGGGGAAGUCCCACAUCGGCCUCACGUACAGCCAAGAGAUCAACGAGAUACUGGACAAACUGGCUAACAUGAACGGCCGUGAGCUGUCCAUCAGGCCCAGUGGAAGCCGUCACAUCAAGAAGCAAACCUUUGUUGUUCACGCCGGCACUGAUACCACAGGAGACAUCUUUUUCAUGGAGGUCUGUGACGACUGCAUCGUCCUGCGCAGCAACAUCGGCACAGUUUACGAGCGCUGGUGGUACGAGAAGCUCAUCAACAUGACGUACUGCCCCAAGACCAAGGUCCUGUGUCUCUGGAGACGCAACGGCCAAGAGACGCAGCUCAACAAGUUCUAUACCAAAAAGUGUCGUGAACUGUAUUACUGUGUUAAAGACAGUAUGGAAAGAGCUGCAGCAAGACAGCAAAGCAUUAAACCAGGGCCGGAGCUGGGCGGAGAGUUUCCCGUCCAGGACAUGAAAACCGGCGAAGGCGGACUGCUGCAGGUCACGCUGGAAGGAAUCAACCUUAAAUUCAUGCACAGCCAGGUUUUCAUAGAGCUGAGUCACAUUAAAAAGUGCAAUACAGUGAAGGGAGUCUUUGUCCUGGAGGAAUUUGUUCCUGAAACUAAAGAAGUGGUGAUCCACAAGUACAAGACCCCCAUGGCACAUCAGAUCUGUUACUCCGUCCUCUGCCUCUUCUCCUACGUGGCGGCGGUGAAGGGGAAGGAGGCGGAAGGAAAACCCAAGAUCCUGUCACCGAGGCCUCUUCCUAGCUAGUCUA